GUUGUGUCGUUUUGAAGGCGGUGCUUUUUGACCGAGGAGUUUUUUGUUGUUGUUGUAGUUUCUCGCCGAAACUCUUGAGCAAAACAAUGGCAAACAACUUUCAAAACGUGACUCUUUCUCUAACUUUACCCAUAUCAUGCCAGAUCUGCCUUGGAAAGGUAAUUCAGUUUUGGAACAAAGCCAAUGCAAUCAAUCACGUAUGCAGACAAAAUGCUAGCUAAGCUAGUUAGCUGUUGAUAAGCCAAUUUAGUUAACGUUAGCUUCCUUGCCUAGUAAAUAUUCGUUUAGCAAGUGAUGUAGAUGUUUUACCUUGUAACGUUUAGCUACUCAUAUUUGUCAGUGGAUGGCUAGUUAACUACACAUUUGUUUACUAAUUGCAUCGCCCAAUUCUUGUUGGCUGCUGCAGAUGAUAGCGUGUGUUGUUAGCUUAGCCAGCUAGCUAGCAUCUUGGUGCAAUUUAGUAGGAAGGCUUUACAAUUCCAGAUAUUAGCUGUAGCUGGUCAACUAUUCUUGAUUCAUCUCACAAUAUGUCAGUGCCUACCAUUGCACGGAUAGUUCUAUUGCAAUCGAUCAUAAUAAUAUUUGUCUUUUUAACAUUGCUAUCUGCAAGGUCCGCCAGCCUGUCAUCUGUGCCAACAACCACGUGUUCUGUUCUUGCUGCAUGGACAUCUGGUUGAAGAAGGCUAGUCAAUGUCCUUCAUGCCGAGUUCCCAUCACUUCAGAGAACCCGUGCAGAGAAAUUAUAGGUAAGGUAGCCUACCAACUACUGCAAAAUGUCAAGCAGGUUAUCUCUGCAUAAUCCGAAGAGAAAGGGCCGAGUCUGGGUCUGGUAACUCGCACUGUUUGUUCCUUCUGGGGACUCGCACUGUUUCUUCCUGUUGCUGUACUACUUACCGUUUGGGGUCUAGACUAGGCUGGGUUACUGUACAGCACUUUGUUGAUGUUACGGUAGCUAAAGGUCGGCAGAGUUCCUAUUCUUUGUUAACGAGCUGAUUCCCUACUGUGGUCCUGUUGUUGUUUUUAGGAGGAACGAAUGAGAGCGAAAGCCAUUCUGUGAAGAAACGCCUCCGAAAGACCAGAGGAGAGCUUCUGUUGAGGGAAUAUGAAGUAAGCUAAAUGUGCUGCACGAUUAAACUGUAGUCUGAGUGUCUCCUUCAUCGGUUUCCCCCUCUAGCAGUUUGUUAUACAGUGCAUUCGGAAAGUAUUCAGACCCCUUCACAGCCUUAUUCUAAAAUGGAUUAAAUACAUUUUCCCCCUCAUCAAUCUACACACAAUAACCCAUAAUGACAAAGCGAAAACAGGUUUUUAGAAAUGUUUGCUAAUUUAUUAAAAAACAUAUACCUUAUUUACAUAUGUAUUCAGACCCUUUGCUACGAGACUCGAAAUUGAGCUCAGGUGCAUCCUGUUUCCAUUGAUCAUCCUUGAGAUGUUUCUACAACUUGAUUGGAGUCCACCGGUGGUAAAUUCAAUUGAUUGGACAUGAUUUGGAAAGGCACACACCUGUCUAUAUAAAGGUCCCACAGUUGACAGUGCAUGUCAGAGCAGAAAAGAAGCCUACAUUUUGACAUUAUAGUCAUUUUAGCUGACGCUCUUAUCCAGAGCGACAUACAGUUAGUGAGUGCAUACAUUUUUCAUACUGGCCCCCCCGUGUGAAUCGAAACCCACAACCCUGGCGUUGCAAGCGCCAUGCUCUACCAACUGAGCUACAGGGGACUAACUCAGGGUUUCUCUUUUUGGGGCCGGGGACCCCCUUUUGUGAUCGUGAAUUCAUCAGGGACCCCCUUUUAAAUUCGAGUGAGAUAAAAAAUAGCAUGCAAGGAGUUUUACGAUGAAUUCGGCAGUGCACGGCCGGACGAUCCGAGGCUCAUGGGAAGGAACAUUACAACAACAAAAAAACCCACCUCUUGGCAUCGGAGAGAUAAUUUUCUAGCUCUUUUCCUGCAAUUCUACACAUUUCAUCAUGGGGCAGAGAGAUUUUGUUGUUGUGGCUUUAAUGCUAAUAUCCUGCAAUUCUAGACAUUUUGCCAUGAGACUUAUUCCACGUAUCCUUUGGACAAAAUUUAUUAAAAUAUGUUGUUUAGUAAUAUUCAUAAAAAAAAAAAAAUCCAAAUAAUUCCGCACACCCCACCCCAGUUUGAGAACCCUUGGUCUACACGAGACGUCCUCUAAAAAUCACUGUCACUUCUAUAUGUAAUUCUAUGGUGGACAUCCUGUCUUAUCGUUCAGGAUGAAAUGGAAGGUCUCCUCAAAGAGAACGAAGAGCUGAGGAACAAGAACCAGAGCAUGGAGUCCCGGCUGAAGACGGCACUAGACCCCUGUACCAUAACAGCCGGCCAGAGAGAAAACAGGGGUGUAGACGCCAGUGUUCUGGAGGAAUGGAGCAACAAGCUGAGAGCUGCUACAGACGGCUACAGCCAGAUCAAACUGGACGUGGAGAAACUGAAAGAGGUAUUGAUGAAUACGAUCUGUCUAUGGAUUAGGCUAUUGCACCGAAAACUCGUUAUGAUGUAAAAACCGUUUCCCGCCCAGAAAAUAAUUUUCUAUUCAUUCAUGUUCUUUUUAUACGUGUUGUUGCGUACUGCGUAAAACAACGGGAAACAAUAAUUGGAAUGUUUCUUAGUGUCAAUUAAUCCAUUAAUUGGGGUCGUCGACUGGCAAUUUGACACAGUCACUAUGGUAACAUCAGAUCAAUGUCACAUGCAUACAAACAUGACAUAAUACACAAAGGUGAAUGACAAGCAAUGUGUGAAAUGUGUGCAGUCCAGAAUGUAAUAAAAUAUAUUAAAUACAAAAGUUCUGUUCCUCUGUUCAAGGCUAACAAGAUGUUACGGUCUCAGAAUAUUGACCUGGUCCAGGAGAACAUGAGGUUGAAAGCUGAGGUUGCCAGCAGAUCGCCUCAGAAGUAUGUACUAGUCUUAUGUUUUAAUGUUGUGUGUAUUCUGGAGUGGUUUCAGUUCAACUGGGAUAGUAAUGGACCACUGGGUGGAAUAUUCUGGAGUGGUUUCAGUUCAACUGGGAUGGUAAUGGACCACUGGGUGGAAUAUUCUGGAGUGGUUUCAGUUCAACUGGGAUAGUAAUGGACCACUGGGUGGAAUAUUCUGGAGUGGAUUCAGUUCAACUGGGAUAGUAAUGGACCACUGGGUGGAAUAUUCUGGAGUGGUUUCAGUUCAACUGGGAUGGUUAAUGGACCACUGGGUGGAAUAUUCUGGAGUGGUUUCAGUUCAACUGGGAUGGUAAUGGACCCACUGGGUGGAAUAUUCUGGAGUGGUUUCAGUUCAACUGGGAUGGUAAUGGACCACUGGGUGGAAUAUUCUGGAGUGGUUUCAGUUCAACUGGGAUCGUAAUGGACCACUGGGUGGAAUAUUCUGGAGUGGUUUCAGUUCAACUGGGAUGGUAAUGGACCCACUGGGUGGAAUAUUCUUGGAGUGGUUUCAGUUCAAACUGGGAUGGUAAUGGACCACUGGGGUGGAAUAUUCUGGAGUGGUUUCAGUUCAACUGGGAUGGUAAUGGACCACUGGGUGGAAUAUUCUGGAGUGGUUUCAGUUCAACUGGGAUAGUAAUGGACCACUGGGUGGAAUAUUCUGGAGUGGUUUCAGUUCAACUGGGAUGGUAAUGGACCACUGGGUGGAAUAUUCUGGAGUGGUUUCAGUUCAACUGGGAUGGUAAUGGACCACUGGGUGGAAUAUUCUGGAGUGGUUUCAGUUCAACUGGGAUGGUAAUGGACCACUGGGUGGAAUAUUCUGGAGUGGUUUCAGUUCAACUGGGAUAGUAAUGGACCACUGGGUGGAAUAUUCUGGAGUGGUUUCAGUUCAACUGUGAUGGUAAUGGACCACUGGGUGGAAUAUUGUUGGUAAAAACUAUGACUAAUCUAUUUGUUUCUAUUCUGGUUCUCUAUAGAAAUUGGGUUUUGGUCAAGAGUUAAAAUAUUUGAUCUGGCAUCCAUUUUGUAUGUGUCUGUCUACAGAUACAGUAAUCUACAAAUGUCUGACUUUUUAUCAAUGGUGAGAUGGACUAAAAUGCAUCUGUAAUCACACUGAUAUGAUCAACUGUUUGCGCUCCCUGUUGCCUCAAUGCAAUGUGCUCCUGUGGUGUUCUUCAUGGUAAUAUUCUGUACCUCAGGACCUCUUUGAAAAUAAGUGUUUAAAUUAAUACUUUACAGUUUUUAUCCUGUGGUGUCAAAUGCACAUUUAGUUUGAUGUAUGUAUUGUUUUUACCCUGCAAAAUGUCAUUUAUAUGCUAUCAAAUUCAAUUCAAACUCCCUUCUUUCUUUCUGAUCUGAAUCACCCCCUCAGGUUUGGCCGGUACACCGUAGCAGCGCUGGAAGCUAAGAUCCAUCAGUACGAAAGAGAUGUGGAUCACCUGAAGAGAGCUCUGGAGCGCAGCGACCUGUACAUAGAAGAACUGGAGGCCCGCGGUGGACGGGGAGCUGAGCCCCCCCAGGGCCACACCGAUGCCCGUCCAGAGAGCACCUCCUCUGGGGAGGGUGAGGCCGGGACCAGGGUCCACUACCAGAGGAUCAGUGCCACGAGGCGGAGUCCGAGUGACGUGGAGAAGGCCUCCAUCUGCGCCAGUCUGGAGGGAGAGUCCAAGACGCUGUCCGCUCACCAAAGCUACCUCCUGGCGGCCUCUAACGCCGCGGAGCUCAACGGCGCCGGCUCCGAGACCUUCCGGGACCACCGGAGAGGUUUCGGCGUGGGCGUGACGCUCGCUGGACACAACGACUCGCUAGAAACUGAUAGCGUUGGCGCCAUCGCUCCCUCUGACCACCUCCUCCCCUCCACCCCCUCCUCUGCCUUCCGCUCCCUCAGUCUGAAGGGUCCCAGUGUUGGUGAAGACAAGAAGCUCGGUUGGAAGUCUGUGACCUAUCUAAGGAGACUCAGUUUUGAGGACGGUGUAGAACCAAGCAGCAGCGGUGCCUCCAGUGUAGGAACUAAACGGUCCAGGCUCACUGCUCAGUUCUCCAACGGUGUGUCUUCCAGUAACGUAGCCGAGCCAGGAGGCUCCACCACCACCACUAAGCCGGUGUUCUGGGCCGCAGCCUGGCACAGCCACAAGGCUUCUGAUAUGACCUCUGUGACAUCACCCAAUCACAAUGGAGAGCAGCAGCUCAACACAUCAUCGGGGUCGGGGCACAGCGAGAGAGACCCAACCGUGGGAGCCACCACGUCCCAGAAUCUGCCAGAUGAGGAGACGGACCCCAUGUCCAGCGAAGCCUCCAUGGACGCGGCCUACCUGGAUAAGAUCUCUGAGCUGGACUCUAUGAUGCUGGAGGGGCCCGAGAGCUGCAGCAGCCGCAGUUCGGCAGGAUCACACCUGUCCUCAGGAUCACACCUGUCCCUGGCCUCCUCCCUGAGUUCUGCCGACUCACCGGACUUGACCCUUGACCUCAGACUGGACGCGACCCUAGUGCCUGAGCUGGAGGGAUGCUCUGAAUCCUUCCUGGGUCCUGACUCCGACCAGGACCGAGAGGGAGGUGGACAGACCGAGGCUGAGGGUCGGGGGAGCUCGUCGUUAAACCAGAGGGGGAGGAGUGAGGGUUUAGACUUGGCAUGCAGCAUAAAGGGAACCUCUUCCGCUACAGUGACAGUGUCAGAGACCCAGGCGGCUGCUCCAGCAUCCACAUCCACGACAGGAGCAGCCCAGUCUGGGUUAACGUCAGGAACCGGGUCCGUGUCCUCCUCUGGGAGAGACGUUAGCAGCAGCAGCCACCAUCUUCUAGACUCUACAGGGCCAGCUGGAGGACAGACAGGACGCAGACACCUCUCUGUCCCCUCUCAGACUGAUGAACUGUCCUUUGACCUGCUGUUUGACCCCUCAACGGAGACCAAGACAGGACCAGGAGGGCCGUCAGGCUGGCAGGCCUCAGCCGACCACCAUGAUGAGGACAGUGACAUCUCUUCCGGCUGCUCGGCAGUCGGCUCUGGAGAGAUCACCGUGAGACAGAAGAACACAGCGGCUCCUAGUCAGGCAGCCAAACGGAAGUCUCACAGUCCUUUUAACAUCGGCAGUCCCUCCAAACAUUCUAAGUUGAUGUGAUUGUGAUGGAGUAAACUUGGCCCUGCACCCCGUCACUGUAGACUAGCCUGGAUACCAGUCUGUUUC